CACUCGUCUUCAUACUAUCUAUUGUUACCACCCGGUAACUUGAAACAAUUGUCGCCGCCAUAACUUCAGUUAAACGUAAUUCUCUGUAUGUUUUGCGCAGGAUAAUUGGUAAGAAAAGGUAAAAGCUCCCAUGGUGGCGUUGUGAUGUAGGAACCACUAAUCAUCGUAAAGGUUUGCCUCACGGUACAUAACUGCAGACACACAGUUUGAAACUGCAAACAUGCCUCGACCUGCUGGAAACAAGCUGUCUCCAUGGAUCGAGAAUCUGAUCCUCAGCUACGGCAGCCAGGAGGGGAACAGCGGCAGCGGGCGGCUGAAGGCCCAUGUCAUCGGCGUGGGUCAGAUGUCUCAGUCCCAGGCUCAGAGCUCUGAGGGCCCUAUAGGGCUCCUCUUACUCUCCGACGGGGUGCUCCAGAUCCCCGCCAUUCUCACCGCAUCAGCCUGGGAGCAUCUCCAGGAGCAGGAGGACCGCGAGUGUUUCACCAGCCUGGUCAACACCACCGUGCGCAUCCAGGACUACCGGCUGCAGUUUCACAUGGCCCGCGAACAGAAUAAAUGCAGGUUCUUUUUAUCAGUUGGAGAGCUGGCUACGAUGGCAGCCGGCCCAGUUAAAGACAGCACCCCUUGUUGCAGGACCAUGCCCUCUGUCAGAAUGAAGAUCUGUAAGACAUGGAGGGCUAUGUUGGGCCAGGAGUGGCAGGACUCCCAGAGGAACCAGUGCGGGUUUGAUCUGUCGGAACUGCUGUGGGAGUGGCAGCAUGACUAUGUGCAGGAUGUGCUGGAGGACGUCCGGGAGAGGCUGAUGGUAGCCAGCAGCUGUCCUGUGAGCCCGCAGCCCUCCACCUCCGUGCUGACCCACCCAGACACAUCCACCGCCACAAGCUGGGAUGUCAACAGGGUCAGAUAUAAGGGCAUGAAAUGUUUCAGUGUCCCCAUAAAGUAUCUUCUCAUCCCAGAUGAAGAUGCUCAGCAGCUGCAAACACCACCUAGAGCUGGAAGCAGGACACCAAGCAGGAGUCCUGCUGUCUCUGAGGACAGACAGAGAGAUUUACCACAAGUCUGCAAAACUCCAGAGACCGCACAGCCUUCUGUUGAUGAUGCAGAGUGGCAGAUCGCCAUGCCAGCCGUCGCAGAUAGAGAGAACUCACCUCUUCCUGUAGAGGACUGUAUGCUACAUGAGGACAUAAUGAUUGACAGUGACACCGAGCUUUUAGCCAAUCCGUGGGACAUUUUUCCUCCACCAUCUGUCACCUACUCUUCCUCUGAUGCAUCCCCCGAAGCAACACAGACAAACACACUGCCCGCCACUGCUAAAUCCAAGGCUGAUCACGCUGCAGUCUUAACCAGCACGCAACUUCCUGUCCACAGCUCGACGGAAUCCCAGCAGACAUCAGAGCACAGCAAAGGAGAACAGAGCUACUUCCCACCGUACCAGAAGCUGCCACACUCCACUGGUCUCCCUGCCACUGCCGGUUCCUCAACUUCAGCUUCUGUGAGUCCACCAGACCUCGUUUCCAGACCGUCAAACCUGUCACCUGCCGCAGUCCAACACUGCACUGAAAGAGUACAACGGAAUCUUUCUACUUUGGACAUGGAGGAGACUAUUGAGAGAAAAUAUAGAAAAGCAAAGAGAAAGAGAAGCGAGCCCACACCAGAAGCACUUCGCACCUUAGUGGAGGAGCAGACGGAGGAAGCUCAGAUCAGUGGGAUACCUCCAUCUUGGCUCUUUGACACGCAGGCCGGAUCUGGUGCUGGGGAGGGCAGCAGUCACACUGCAGCAACUGUCAUGAGAAAAACUCCCACUGUUCACAGCAACGGCCGGCCGUUCUCUUACUCUUACCAAGUGUCUGGGCAGAAUCUGCAGGAUUUCAGUCGGUUCAAAAUGGCUGAAUCUUUGCUGCUCUGGGCCGUGAAGUAUCUUGUUGUUCCAAAGCAAGCAGAUGAUCCACAUAACGUGUCAGUGGCUCCUGACAAUACCGAGGUCAAAUAACUGUAGGUUCACAAUGCUGAAAGACAGUGAAGCUGCUCUGUUGUUGUUGUUCUCAACAUGUUGAGUGUUUCAGUCUCCUCUAACCAAGCGCUGACUCAUGUUUCAGUACCAGAGCAGCUCUGUACAGAUGAGUCUUGAGUCUGUUUUGUAUGGUUUGUCUUAAGCACUGAAAAAUGUAUAGUUUGUAAAAAAAAUCAAAAAAUAAAAUAGUGGUACAUUUUCACUCUAAAAGUUUGAAGUUUGUCCAGCAUACAUAACAAA